AUGUCUGCAGACGACGGAGGAAUCCGAGCUACCCAGGACAAGGAGAGAGGCCAAGAGACUCCAGGUCAUGGGCAUUCUUGUCAAGAAAUGCUCUCUGAGUCAGAGGGGACAUUGCCUCUGGGAGAGGCCCGGGAGUCACCCCACAUCAAGAUGGAGCCAGAGGAGCCACACCCUGAAGGGAUGUCGCAGGAGGCCAGAGCUCAAGGAGCGCGGGGCUGGAUGCCCCUAAGCCAGGGUGCUAAGGAGAAAGUGUGUUUCCUGCCUGGAGGAGCCCUCCCGGCCCCCCAGAUCCCUCUGCUCUCCCGCGAGGGGAGGACCAGAGACCGGCAGAUGGCCGCGGCGCUCCUCACCGCCUGGUCCCAGAUGCCGGUGACCUUUGAUGACGUGGCUCUGUACCUCUCCCGGGAGGAAUGGGGGCGGCUGGACCACACCCAGCAGAGCUACAGGGAGGUCCUGCAGAAGAGGAGCGGGCUGUCCUUGGGGUUUCCCUUCAGCAGACCCUUCUGGGCCUCUCAAGGGCAGGGCAAGGGCGAGGCCCCGGGCUCCAGCAGGCAGUUGGGACAUGAGGAGGAGGAGAAAAGAGACAAGGAGGAGCUGGCUGCGUCGCUGGGAGCCCUUGGCGAUGUAAAGUCCUUCAAAAGCAGAGUGGGAAGAGGCCAAGGGGAGGCCCCGCGGUGUGGGCAGCGAGCAGCCUGCGGCCAGAACUCAGGGCCAGCCAAGGGUGAUGUGCAGCCCCGUCCCGUGGAGGAGGCACAGCUGGAAUCAGCCCCGCCUGACACCGACUUCCCGAAAACCCAGGAGGGCCACUUCCCAGAACAACCCCGAGAGGGGGGCACGGCCGCCCCCGAGAGCGGCGAGGAGGUCCUGGCGCUGGACAGCGAGGCGGGCAAGAAGACCUACAAGUGUGAGCAGUGCGGCAAGGCCUUCAGCUGGCACUCGCACCUGGUGACCCACCGGCGCACGCACACGGGCGAGAAGCCCUACGCCUGCACGGACUGCGGCAAGCGCUUCGGCCGCAGCUCGCACCUCAUCCAGCACCAGAUCAUCCACACGGGUGAGAAGCCCUACACCUGCCCGUCCUGCUGGAAGAGCUUCAGCCACCACUCGACGCUGAUCCAGCACCAGCGCAUCCACACGGGCGAGAAGCCCUACGUGUGCGACCGCUGCGCCAAGCGCUUCACCCGCCGCUCGGACCUGGUCACCCACCAGGGCACCCACACGGGCGCCAAGCCGCACAAGUGUCCCAUCUGUGGCAAGUGCUUCACGCAGAGCUCGGCCCUGGUCACCCACCAGCGCACCCACACCGGGGUCAAGCCCUACCCGUGCCCCGAGUGCGGUAAGUGCUUCAGCCAGCGAUCCAACCUCAUUGCGCACAACCGCACGCACACCGGCGAGAAGCCCUACCACUGCCUCGACUGCGGCAAGAGCUUCAGCCACAGCUCGCACCUCACCGCCCACCAGCGCACCCACCGCGGCGUCCGGCCCUACUCCUGCCCGCUCUGUGGCCAGUGCGGCAAGCGCUUCCGCUGGGGCUCCGACCUGGCGCGCCACCAGCGCACGCACACGGGCGAGAAGCCGCACAAGUGCCAGGAGUGCGACAAGAGUUUCCGCAGCUCCUCGGACCUGGCGCGCCACCAGGGAGUGCACACGGGCCAGAAGCCCUUCUCCUGCGCCCAGUGCGGCAAGAGCUUCAGCCGCAGCGCCUACCUGGCUGACCACCAGCGCAUCCACACGGGCGAGAAGCCCUUCGGCUGCAGUGACUGCGGCAAGAGCUUUUCGCUGCGCUCCUACCUGCUGGACCACCGGCGCGUGCACACGGGCGAGCGGCCCUUUGGCUGCGGCGAAGCACACCUGGGAGAGGAUGCCCAUAAGUGCCUCGAGUGUGGAAAAAGCUUCAGUCAGAAUACCCACCUGACUCGCCACCAGCGAACCCACACAGGUGAGAAGCCCUAUCAGUGUAAUGUGUGUGGAAAGAGCUUCUCUUGCAACUCCAACCUCCACAGGCACCAGAGAACACACACAGGUGAAAAGCCCUACAAGUGCCCUGAGUGUGGGGAGAUCUUCGCUCACAGUUCCAACCUCCUCAGGCACCAGAGAAUUCACACGGGAGAGAGACCUUAUAAGUGUGCCGAGUGUGGGAAAAGUUUCUCUCGCAGUUCACACCUUGUUAUUCAUGAAAGAACUCAUGAGAAAGAGAGGCUACACCAGAGAACACACACAGGAGAGAAACCAUAUAAAUGUAACCUCUGUGGGGAAAACUUUUCUCAUAGAUCCAACUUAAUCAGGCACCAGAGAAUUCACACGGGAGAGAAACCCUAUACCUGUCACGAAUGUGGGGACAGUUUCUCUCACAGCUCCAAUCGGAUUCGUCAUCUGAGAACCCACACAGGAGAGAAACCUUAUAAAUGUUCUGAAUGUGGAGAAAGCUUUUCUCGAAGUUCACGCCUUAUGAGUCAUCAGAGAACUCACACUGGAUAG